AUGGCUCACCUACGACAGGGCAACAUUGAUGACAGUGCUUUGACUGGCGUUGUUCUACAUGCAUCUGCUAAGCAUCAUGGCAUAUCUCUCUGGCCUCCACCAUCAAAUGAUCCCCAUGAUCCUCUUCGCUGGCCACGAUGGCUCAAGGUCUUGGCGCUGUGCACGACUGCAUUCUUCAACUUUACUUCCAACUUCGCCGCAGCAGGUCCCUCGGUGGCCACGACAUUGAUUCAAGCGCAGUUCAUGAAGUCUGCUUCGGAAGUCAACGGACUCUUGACAUUUAACUUUCUCCUUCUUGGACUUGGUAACAUGAUAUGGGUUCCCAUGUCUGUAAAAUUUGGCAAGCGUGCAGUUCUCAUAACAUCCAUGGUCAUGUUGUUUGCAGCACUAUGUUGGGGUGCGUCAGCGACCACUUUCAACAGUCUGCUUGCAGCCCGUUGUGUCUCUGGAUUUGCUUCCGCAGCUGGCGAGAGUAUCGUACCUGGAAUCGUAUCUGACUUGUUUUUUAUUCACGAACACGGCGCUAUGAUGUCCAUAUACACCAUACUUAUAUCCUGUUCAUCAGCCAUGGGGCCAUUGAUCGCCAGCUACAUGGUACAGUAUUCUGUAGGCACCUGGAGAGACUUCAUGUGGCUGAGUGCCGCUCUCGCCGGUUUCAACCUGAUUCUUUUGAUUCUUUUCUACCCCGAGUCAAACUUUCGCCGCCCACAAUUGCCAACAGAGUGCGAACCCCAGCCAGAUGAGCCUCGAAGAGCAGCUAAUGCUCAUGGCAACGAGAAUGAUAAAGGCACGCCAUCUGAAUACGGAAUCGAACACUUAAGCGUCGGCGAGCCGAACGAUAUCCAGCACGUUAAUCACAUCAAAGUUCCAUGGCAUAGCAUUUGGUUUUCUUUUGUCAAGGUUGAUGAUUCCGUCAACAUCUUCAAGGCUUUUCUCCGUCCAUUUAUUUUCCUAGCCUACCCUCCAGUCGUGUGGGCAAUCUUUGUUUAUGGCAUUUCACUGGGCAGCCAAGUGAUUCUGAUUUUCGCAUUUCCCUCGCUACUACUUGCACCGCCGUACCUCUUCUCUCCUAGUGGCGUUGGUCUCAUGCAGAUCGCUGCGCUCAUCGGUUUCACCAUUGCCUGCUACGUCGGCGGUUAUGUUUCCGAUGUGAUCACUACGAAGCUCAUUCGCCGUGAGGGCGGUGUCAUUUAUCCUGAGCAGCGACUGCUAUCGAUUAUCCCUGGGGCUUUAAUCGCACCCAUCGGCUGUAUCAUCGUUGCCUGCGCCUGCUCGCAACAGAUGCAUUGGGCUGUAAUCGCGGUAGGGUUUGGCAUGGUCUCAUUCGGAACCGUAUAUGCGCCCAACAUUGCCCUUACAUACGUUAUUGAUUGCUAUCCGGAACAUGCAUCGCAGUGUCUGGUCUUGAUCAACGUUUUUAAGAAUCUUGUUGCAUUCACAUUCCUCUAUGUUGCGGUUAAUUGGAUUGCGGCGUCCGGAUGGAUGCAGGUGUACAUGAUUAUGUUCAUGUUAUCUAUAUUGACUUUGGCUGCUGCGAUCCCGCUGUGGUUCUAUGGAGCUAGGUGCCGGCGGUUCACUUCAGGCUUACAGGUUCAUAAAUGGCUCUGA